AUGCCUCUCCCUGCCUCCCCGCAGCCCGCUCCGGGCCCCGCCCGGCCCGUCGCCGUGACCGAGACCGGGCUCCUGGGGACCCCAGUGAAAAUCCAGCCGCACGGCUGCAACAGCGGGGCGCUGCUGGGCAGGCUCGGGGUGCUCGUCCAAGCCCUGCUGGCCACGGCGGCUUUCAGCACCCUGAUGUUAAAGCGCUUUCAGGAGCCAAAAGAAGAGAGGCGUCCCUGGAGGAUCUGGUUUUAUGAUACCUCCAAGCAAGCAAUAGGUGCCCUCUUCAUCCAUUUUGCUAAUGUUUUCCUGUCUGGUCAUACUGCAGAAGAUCCCUGCUCUCUCUACCUAAUGAAUUUCAUCCUCGAUGCCACACUGGGGAUGCUGCUGAUCUGGUUCGGUGUGAAGGUUGUCUCCUGGGUUGUGGAGCAUCGGAAGUACACAUGCCUAGUCUUUGGAGAGUAUGGUGACCCUCCACAAGCUGCUGCCUGGAUUGGCCAGUGCAUCCUCUACUUGCUGAUAAUGGUCUUUGAGAAGACUGUGGUAAGCCUUGCCCUGUUCAUCCCUGGCUGGACAAAGCUUCAGGAGAUUUUACUGGAUUAUAUCCCAGACCCUCAGCUAGAGCUCGUCCUGGUCAUGUUCAUUGUGCCUUUUACAGUCAAUGCUGUUAUGUUCUGGGUCGUGGACAGUUUGAUCAUGAGGAAGUAUAAGCAGACGGACAGCCUUGAAGGCAGCAGGUCCAUAGAAAACCCCGUGAGGAAUGAAGAAUCCCAGGCGUUGCUCUGUCCUGACUUGGAUUUUGAUCAGUCUGAAAGUGACGAAGACAUCUCAGGACUCCAAGGACCCAGCCAGAAAACGAGACAGCCAGGCUAUCAGGUGGUACUUUAA